AUGGACAUGUCUUUCGAGUCCGCACAGGGCAUCAAGCGCAUAAGACAAGCACGCAAGAAGACAAAAUGCUCUGGAGAGCGUCCUAUUUGCUUCCAUUGCCGCCGAAACCGAAUCGCAUGCCUCUACGAACCCUACUCUGCGACGAUAGUGGCAGAACCAAACCAACCAGCACAGCCACUACCGACCUCAAACAAUUACCAAGAUUCUAGCAAUGUGUGUUCUCGCGAGCCUCUGUACGAAGCCAGUGCUAAUUCCAGUGAUAGGCGGAGCUUCUACACCGAAUAA